UUAUAAACAGAACACUAUCAGAUAAAAUUAUAAUUUCAUGUAAAAUUGUACUUAAAGAGAUAAAGGAUUACCAAACAAUGCUAACAUGUAGUUCAAACAGAAUAGAGCAUUUUAAAGCAUUUGAAAAUUUGAUUAAUAAUAAACAAUUCAGUGAUGUAAGACUUACUGUGCAAAACAGAGAAAUUUUUGCUCAUAAACUGGUAUUGUCUGCUAAUAGUGCUGUAUUCGCUGCUAUGUUUCAGCAUAAAAUGCUUGAAAAUGAAGAAAAUAUUGUAAAAAUAGAUGAUAUUAGUUACAAUACAUUAAAUGUAUUACUUCAUUUUAUAUAUACUGGGGAAUGUAAAUUGAGUGAAGAUAUUGUAAUUGACUUAUUCAAAGCAGCUGACAAAUAUGAAUUAAUGAAACUUAAGAAUAUAUGUGAAGAAGAGCUUUGUAGAUCUAUAUCUGUCAAUAAUGUGAUUGCAUUAUUACAAUUGGCUGAUUUGCAUAGUGCUGAAAAUUUAAAGAAAGAAGCUAUUGAAUUAAUUGCGGUUCAAGGAAAAGAUAUUAUCGAUAGACCUGAUUUUGAUGUAUUGAUCAAUUUUAAUACAAAGCUAUUGAAACAAGUGUUUCAAGGUAUUUUUGCAACCAGAAGUUAA